AUAAAAGAGCAUUCUUCAAGGGAAUUCAGACUUCAUUGCAUGUUCCCAAUUCGAUUCGUGCUGCGUUCCGUUUAAAUCUCGUCAUGUCGGGCGAGGAAGCAAACGUUAAACAAUGCGGAUACCUACAGCACAAAGGGAAAAAGCGUCUUAUAACGAUGUGGCGUCGAUGGUAUUGCGUGUUGAACGGUCGCAUUCUUCUGUUUUACCGAUCGGAAACGGAUUACCUCAACCUUGGAAAAUUCCACGAACGUAUCGAUUUGGGUCUUGUCUACGAUGUAGUUCCGGCUCUUGGCGUUGAGAACGGUAUUCAAAUCUCAACACACACCGGACCUAAUUGGCUGAGAACCACGGACGAAAAAUCGUUUCAACUUUGGUUAGAAGCGCUGCAGGCAUCGAUCGUGUUACGGCGACAAGGAUCGACGUUGAAGAAAUCGAAAACGACGAGAUCAUCUCAAAUCACGGAGCAGACCUCUCCGAUUUCAAAUCGACAUCAAAGAGCCAAAUCGACGAUCAACUACCAACGGCUCACCUUCGAUGAAACUGAAUUAAGCGAAAAGAAAAUUGGCAAUCCGUUUUCACGCUUUUCGCUCAGCUUCAUACCAGGACACGGGAAGAAAUACAGCACGUAUGACGGGAGUCGUUCGAUUCGGGUCGAACAGUCACCGAACGAAGAAUGGGAUGGAAAACCCAAACCGAGUGACGAUAACGCAUUAUCAGGCACCGCCGCCAAACUCAGAAAGAAACCAACAAAAGGACCCCGUCCGCUCAGUGAGAGCGUCUCAAAUUUCCUGUUGUUAAACAGCCAAAGCUCUGAAAAUUUGACGGAAACUAGCAAAGAUGAACUUGUUAAACCAAUGGAGGUCGAAGCUGGAACGACUGAAACUAAGAAAGAACCUGCUGAAAAAGUAGAGGUCGAAGCUGGAACAGUUGAGAGGAAGAGGAAGGUCUCAUCCCACCUUCCGAAACUGCCAACCAGUUUUGGCGUUGGGAAAUUAUUGUCCAACUUGCAAACGACUGCUCCUGGGCCGGCGAGUAAAUCUAGACGACAUAGUAAAAGUAUGACUAGUCUUCUGGACGUCGCGAUUGUUGCCGAUACCAAACAACAGAAAUCCAGCUCUCAAGUGGAGAUAGUCGCCGAAGAGCAACCGGCCCUUUUCGCUAAAAGUGAAGACAUCCUCUCCAAAAGAGCCUCCGAUACGAGCUGCGUCAAUUACAAAAGUCCCGUCGUAAUGGAAGAAAGUCAGAAAACUGUUAUGUCGGACCAAACAGAUUGUCCAUCACCGGAAUCGAAAGAAACAGACGUCAAAAUGACAUCUCCUCCGCAGGAAGCUUCUGCUUGCGCUGACGAAGAUGGGCGGGACCCGGAGAUUUCGGACGACAAGAAGAAAGACAAGAAAAAAGUUAAGGAUUCUACACGCCGUAAAUCCGGUUUGGCUAUGAUUAGACAGUUUUUCCAAUCAGCCAAAAUAGGAAUGAGACGAAAGGGCGAAGCAGCGGACAAGGAUAAACUUUCUGUGAAUGAUACUCACAGCCGUAAGACGAGUAGCAAUAACGACAGCGUUGUAACGUCGGAGAAGAAUUCGGCCAGAACGUCGCUGAUAGUCGAAGCAGACAUACAGCAGGAUAUUCAGCGUGACCUUAAUACUUUCGAACAAAAGCAGACAACAACACAGCAGGUUCCCAGAGAAAGUCAAGUUCUGGAAAUUCCUUCGAUUGUAAUUCUCCACCGAUCCGAUUCUCAAAUAUCGGAGAGUGUCCAGUCUGUAAGAGAAGAGGCAUUUGUUGCCACAGAUGUUUACAAGUAUGAAGCGAAAAUAAUUGAGAUUGUGGAACCCGAAUCGUCUGAUCCAGUCGCUCUCCCAUCCAAUCCGGAAGCAUUAAAUCAAUUUCCCCUUCAAUCAAGCGAUAAUGACUGUACAGAUUCGUCCUCGAAAUCAGCCCGGAAUUCUACCCUGUCAACAGCCUCGCUGGAAAAUGCCAUGCUUAAUAAGAAGCCCAGAAAAAUUUCUGACGUAAUGACCAAGGAAGACAAGGAAGUUGCGGAACACCGGCCAUCGUUGCCAAUGAAAACGAAAGUAAAAUGUCCGUCGCCCGGAUAUGACAUACCUCGUUCGAGUCCAAUUGCUAUCCCUAGUCCUAUACAAUUCGGAGUGAACCCUGGAGAUUCAGCUGAAUUACCUUGUUCUGAUUUAAAGGACACGAUAGCUAAAACAGAGACGGAAUCGUUAAAACAAGAAAAUUCUAGUUGUUCCUCGGAAUUACCACAAAAUCAAUUACCCGCAGACAGCGUGAAAUCGGAGACCGGAAGUAAUACCAUCAGUAGAGUGUCGCAUUUAAUUAAGACUUUCAGUAAUGAUUCAAUCUCAUACUCGCCGCCAACCAGUAGAAUGUCGACGAGGAAUUCACUAAACAAUCCUGAUAGCGUUGAACGAAGAAUCAGUUUUGCUCAGGCCGAAACGGUAAUGAUCCAAGAAGAAAUAGUUCAAGUCCUGGCAUCCGAUUGACCAAUUCUUUUGAAAAG